AGGAAUGUGAAACAUUUCUGGUGCCGGACUAGAGGCUCUUUACACAGCAGUGACAUCAGAGGCCAGACUUUAUAAAUGUCAGCAGGCAUGAGAACGAGCUCUUAGCGAACGACUCCCAUCCAUCACACAGCAGGAAACACCUAGCGGCACCAGAACCACGAUGGACCGACUGGAUCGCUGUGUGAUUACUCUGGCUGUGCUGCUCUGUGUGGCCACACAGGUUCUGUGCCAGCUGUGCAACAGGCCCUGCCUUUGCCCUGCCUCUGUGCCUCAGUGCGCUGCAGGGGUCCCUCUGGUGCCGGACGGCUGCAGGUGCUGCCAGGUGUGCGCUCGGCAGCGAGGCGAGCCGUGCUCAGAGAUGCUGCCCUGCGACAGGCAGAAAGGACUGCAGUGUGACUUCAGCGCCAGCUUCCCCGGAGGCCCUGGAGAGUGUGUCGAUAAUGAGGAUCUGAGCUGCACGGUGAACGGCAUCACGUACCUCAAUGGCCAGUCGUUCCAGCCGUCCUGCGACUCUUUCUGCCACUGCAGAGGCGGAGGGGUGACCUGCGUGCCGGCCUGUCCGCUGACCGGCCGUCUUCCCACUCCGGACUGCCCCAGCCCGCAGUUCAUCCGUUUACCAGGGAAGUGCUGCAGGGAAUGGGUGUGUGAAAACCUGGAAAACACCGUGAUUCAAGAUGCCAUUACAGCCAUGAAUCCAGGCAGGUCGGGGUCAACGAUGCCAGGAGCUCCUGUCCUGAAACAGCUGGUCCAGCCAGCCUCCAGCUGCGUGGAGCAGGCCACCCAGUGGAGCGCCUGCUCCCAGAGCUGCGGGGCCGGCAUCUCCACUCGGGUCUCAAACCAAAAUCCUGCCUGCAAGCUGCAAAUGGAGACCCGACUGUGCAAAGUGCGGCCCUGCGGGGCCGUUCAGCCUGCGCUAAGGAAACCCAGGAGGGGACAGCAGGGUUGGUGCAAAGCCAGCUACAGGUCACCAGGUCCCAUCCGACUCGUGCAUCAUGGCUGCUUCAGCACUCAAGCCUACCAGCUGCGGUACUGUGGCCAGUGCAGCGACUCUCGAUGCUGCAUGCCGCACCAAACCUCCACCGCUCAGGUGACCUUCCGCUGCCCUACGGGCAGACUCCUGCAGAAAGCCGUCAUGAUGAUCCACUCCUGCGUGUGUCACAACAACUGUCCUUACGCGCCUUACACUAACCCGGCUCUCUGGGCACACAGGCCCUAAUCGGUCUGUGGAGAAUCAAACAACUGAUCUGAUAGGCUGACUGGUGAAAAACGUCACAAGGUUCAAUGUAAAUGAAGAAAGAUUUGAAAAUGAUCAGAGGACACUGUGACUGACCUGAACGAAUGUUGAUUUAUACACAUUGAGGAACUCUGCACUCUCUUGAAAGCUUCAAGAAGCUCCGGCAUCUUUUAAAGCAUUUGUGUGCUAAUUUUUAUUCACAAUUUAAGCAACUUUAGUUCAACAACAUUCUCUUAAAUGGGAGCUAUUCUGCAAAAUUCACAUUUUGCACUGCAAAAAUACAAAAUCUUGCCAAGUACUCUUGUCAAGCCUCUAGUGCAACUUGAAAUAAGACCAAAAUAACUUAUAAGUAAAUUGUCUGCAAGUUAUAGGAGCUUGUUUUAAGUAAAUAAUUCUUUAAUAUCGAUGAAAAAGUAC